GGGCGCCGGGCCGGAAGGCAGCUGGCAGCAGGCCCAGGCAAGCGGGCACCCGCGUUCAUGUUCCGCCAGGAGCAGCCGCUGGCCGAGGGCAGCUUCGCCCCCAUGGGCUCCCUGCAGCCGGACGCGGGCAACGCGAGCUGGAACGGGACCGAGGCUCCAGGGGGCGGCGCCCGGGCCACCCCUUACUCCCUGCAGGUGACGCUGACUCUGGUGUGCCUGGCCGGCCUGCUCAUGCUGCUCACGGUGUUCGGCAACGUGCUUGUCAUCAUCGCGGUGUUCACAAGCCGCGCGCUGAAGGCGCCCCAGAACCUCUUCCUGGUGUCUCUGGCCUCGGCCGACAUCCUGGUGGCCACGCUCGUCAUCCCUUUCUCGUUGGCCAACGAGGUCAUGGGCUACUGGUAUUUCGGCAAGGCGUGGUGUGAGAUCUACCUGGCGCUCGACGUGCUCUUCUGCACCUCGUCCAUCGUGCACCUGUGCGCCAUCAGCUUGGAUCGCUACUGGUCCAUCACGCAGGCCAUCGAGUACAACCUGAAGCGCACGCCGCGCCGCAUCAAGGCCAUCAUCAUCACCGUGUGGGUCAUCUCGGCCGUCAUCUCCUUCCCGCCGCUCAUCUCCAUCGAGAAGAAGGGCGGCGGCGGCGGCCCGCAGCCGGCCGAGCCGCUCUGCGAGAUCAACGACCAGAAGUGGUACGUAAUCUCGUCGUGCAUCGGCUCCUUCUUCGCGCCCUGCCUCAUCAUGAUCCUGGUCUACGUGCGCAUCUACCAGAUCGCCAAGCGCCGCACCCGCGUGCCUCCCAGCCGCCGGGGCCCGGACGCCGCCGCCGCGCCGCCGGGGGGCGCCGAGCGCAGGCCCAACGGCCUGGGCCCGGAGCGCGGCGUGGGCCCCGUGGGCGCCGAGGCCGAGCCGCUGCCCGCCCAGCUCAACGGCGCCCCCGGGGAGCCCGCCCCGGCCGGGCCGCGCGACGCGGACGCGCUGGACCUGGAGGAGAGCUCAUCGUCCGAGCACGCCGAGCGGCCCCCGGGGCCCCGCAGGUCCGAGCGCGGUCCCCGGGCCAAGGGCAAGGCCCGGGCGAGCCAGGUGAAGCCCGGGGACAGCCUGCCGCGGCGCGGGCCGGGGGCGACGGGGCUCGGGGCGUCGGCGGCGGGGCCAGGGGAGGAGCGUGGCGGGGGCGCCAAGGCGUCGCGCUGGCGCGGGCGGCAGAACCGCGAGAAACGCUUCACGUUCGUGCUGGCCGUGGUCAUCGGCGUGUUCGUGGUGUGCUGGUUCCCCUUCUUCUUCACUUACACGCUCACGGCCGUGGGUUGCUCCGUGCCGCGCACGCUUUUCAAGUUCUUCUUCUGGUUCGGCUACUGCAACAGCUCGUUGAACCCGGUCAUCUACACCAUCUUCAACCACGAUUUCCGCCGGGCCUUCAAGAAGAUCCUCUGCCGGGGGGACAGGAAACGGAUCGUGUGAGCGCCGGGUCCACGACCCGCGAACAGACUGGCGCCCGCUGUAGUCGGCGGGGAUCAAGGGGCGCAUCUAUGCAGUCCCAGCACACUGAAACCCGGGUCCUGCCUACUCGGUGUUUUCCUGACCCGGCCUUGCCCUGCGGCGUCCUGUGGGCCUCUGCUCCUCCCUACUCCCCUCCCCCCAGGGAAAAGAACUGGCUGGGAGGGCCGCAGGCCCCCCAGUUGUUGUUAGGGUCCCUUGUGACUUGGAGGGAUCCUCCUGGGUUCCUGGGCGUCCCCUAAUCAGUAUUGUUUCCUAAAGGUAUUUUCACCUCCCUUGAGUCCAGCUGUCAGUGCAGAUCAGAGCAAAAAAGCACUGAACGGACCCCAGAGGGUAUGGUUCACGAAGGACUAAGGGAUGGGGGUUACCCAGCCCUAGCUAAUUGCUCUCUCUUUCCCCCCAACUCUGUUUUUAAAAAAUGCUCAGGGCAGCCCAGCCCAUCCUCCCAUCCCUCCACUGUAAAUAAACACUAUUUUUGAUAGUACACGCUAAGGUCCCCAGUGUCUGGGCUUGUGAUGCUGUUGGAGAUGCUCUGAGGCAGACACAUGGUCUUCGGUUCAGGCCCGGCCCCUUUGCAAUGCAAGUCACUUUCUGGUGACUGCCCCUUGGGGCUGGACCUGCUUUGAGAUUCCCUGAGGGGGAAAAGUUUUCUGUCCAUUUUUUUCCCCUGUGCCUAACAGCAUAAUUAAUUGCCUUUUCCUAUGUAAAUAUUACGAGGGACCAAGACAGAAGUAAAUGAACCUUUUUGCCUUGCAGCAGCCCUGUGUAUAAAGCCAUUAUCCUCUGAUGCACCCUUCGCCCCAGUAACUCACUUUAAAAGUAUCUCUUUCCUGGGUCCCUCCCUCCCUCUUUCCCACCUUCCCUCUCUCCAGGGCCACUGCUUGAGGAAUAUGUAUGUUUCUAUCUUGUAUGUUUGUGCACCUACCCCUCCUUCUCUGAAAGUGCUGACUGCAAGAAAUCUUUUAGCUGCUGUUUUUAGAUGGAGGAGUGGAAAUUAUGUGGAAGAAGCAAACCUGAUACAAUUUGCCCAAGGUAAACAGUUCAAAAAGACAAAUGAGCCUGCCAAACUGUGCAGUUCCUGCCUCGGGAGCUCUUAGGUAUCAAAGUGCUGUCCUUUUCCCCCUGCUUUUCUGGUUGAGAUCAUGUCAUUGACGAACUCCCAAAAUCAAGGGAGGAGGGCGGACACCUUGUGUUCACAUCGAAGUUUCUACAUGUUUUAGAGACUCUUUAAGGCCUGCGCUCUUAUUUCACUAAAGACAAACUAAUGGCAGCACACGUUGCUAAUGACAGUGGAUUUUUUUUUAAUAAAAAGUUUACAGA